UGCGCCGUUUUCAAUUAUUGUUAUAGCAUGCAAACCUUUAUGUCAGUGAAUUAAUUAAAUAAAACGAUGAUAAAAUUGUAAUAACACAUGAUCUUGCACUGAGAUGUUUCUAUUAUCAACCGGGUACAAUGUGUAUCAGAUGAUAACAUUCUAUAUUUAUAUGGAUGAUAAUUCUUAUAGUAAUUAUAUGAUUUGUGAAGAAACGGAAAAUGAAAAGAUAUCACUGUAAAAGGCAUGGACGUUAUUUAAAACUUGGGAUUUUAGUGAUUCUCUAUACACUUGUUGUUUUGGGCACCCUUGUUUAUAGGGCUAGUGGUGGUCAGCCUAAUACACAUCAACGGCAUAAGAGGGAUUUAUCAGAAGACGAUGAAAACAAUACGGAUUGCAUCCCAAGAUCUGUGGACAAUUUUCCAGGGAAUUUCUUCACAUUGGAACAGACACAAGAUGGCGGAGUAUUUCUCCACAUUUUUAUUGCCCUGUAUUUGUUUGGUGCACUGGCAAUUGUUUGUGACGACUAUUUCGUGGCCUCCCUAGAAGUAAUUUGUGACGAAUUAAAUUUGAAAGAGGAUGUGGCUGGUGCCACUUUCAUGGCAGCAGGAAGUUCUGCACCAGAAUUCUUCACAGCAUUGAUAGGCGUAUUUAUUUCAAAGAGCGACGUCGGAGUUGGUACAAUUGUUGGAUCGGCAGUCUUUAAUAUUCUGUUCAUUGUUGGAGUUUGUGCUUUAUUCUCUGGAAUGGUAGUUAAUCUAACAUGGUGGCCAAUGUUACGAGACUGUGUAUAUUAUAUCGUAGCUGUUGCAACUCUAGUGAUUGUCAUACAAAACGGCAAAGUGUACUGGUAUGAGGCUUUGAUUAUGUUUUUAUUGUAUCUUGGCUACAUUCUUAUAAUGUACUGGAAUAAAGAUCUCGAAGAUUAUUUUGAAAGACUUUAUCGAAAACUCCGACAUAUUCCGGAAGACCCUCCAUCACAAAAUGAAACUCAGUCAUUGACAGGUUCACAAAAGAUAAGCAAUGGUGUGUAUAAUACUUCUAAAGAUUCAGUGAAAGAUGUUGAGGACGCCAAAAAUGACGAGGCAGAAACAUCAUUUACAGGAACACAUGAGAGUGUUCCGCACGAAGGACAUAAAGAUAGUAAAGAAUAUGAAUCACCAUGGCUGAUACCGAUAUCUUUUCCUGCUCGUAUUCUCUGGGUAACCAUGCUACCGGUAAAGGCAUUACUGUAUAUAAGUAUACCAGACUGUAGGCUACCCGGGCGAUGGAGGAAGAUGUACCCUUUGACUUUUAUAAUGUCAGUGGUGUGGAUUGCAGGUUUCUCAUAUAUAAUGGUUUGGAUGAUUACAAUAGCAGGAGAUUCCUUAGGCAUUGCAGAUACCGUCAUGGGGUUAACGAUUUUAGCAGCAGGAACAAGUGUCCCCGACUGUUUGUCCAGUUUGUUUGUAUCCAGAGAUGGAUUUGGUGAUAUGGCAGUUGCAAACUCCAUUGGCAGUAAUGUGUUUGAUAUAUUGGUCUGCCUUGGUCUUCCUUGGCUGAUUGAGACAGCGGCAGUUAAUCAUGGAGACUUCGUCAAAAUAAGCAGUGAAGGACUAAUCUAUUCAUCUAUUACUCUAUUAUCAACAGUCAUAUUUUUAUUGCUGGCCAUGUUCUUUACAAAAUGGACGUUAAGUAAACCUUUUGGGAUCGUUUGUUUAUCUGCAUAUGUAAUUGUGAUAACAUUCUCUGUUUUAUACGAACUGAACGUAUUUGGUAAUUUUGUUGCAGAAAUUUGUCCAAGAUAAUGUUGAACACCACGUUUGUUGGCACUCUUGUAUAAACAUGUACAGUUAAUCUGAAACGAUAUUUUUAUAUGAUACAUGGAAAGAUUAUAGACUGUAAUUAAUUUGUUCACCUAAGUUUAUUACACAAAUAUCAAAAGAACACGUAUUACAAGUUAUAAAAAGUUAUUUACACAACUAUAUCUCCAUAUCUCUACGAAAUAUUUUAUUAAAUAUUAUUGAUGAAUAGACGGUAGAAUUCAAAUUAAACGUACAACAAAUACGAAAAGAUUAUUGAAAAGCAAAUUCAAUCUUCCUGAAUAUUAAUAUUAAUAUUAAACGGUGAGAUGGAAGACCCUGUUAUAUGAAAUAAUCUGGGGAAUGUCUCAUACUGGUAGCCAAGGAGACACUACUGGAAAUUCUGAAUGUCACAUUAAUGAAAGUUCAGUUAUUUCAAUAAAUACCCUGAAUAAAGAAACAUCAGACAUACAUUGAAAUACAAGGCAAAUGCCAGUAAUUUACAUGUCAUGUUAUGUCAAAAGGAUGAAUUAAAUAAAAUAAUUGUAUAGAAAUAUUACUGUUAUAUAGCACGAGAAAUAAGUUGCAUAUUUCACCGUCACAAAUGAAUUAAGGUACAAUCUUAAUCAAAUCUGCAAUAUCCUGUAAAUUAACAAUUAUUCAUUACGUAUGCUAGAACAAAAAUUAAAUAAGGAAAUUACAGCUGAUUUUGUGUGACGAUAAACUAAACCAUGUUUGCAAAUGCUUGACGUACCGAAAGUUUCCAUUUUCUUUACUUGUUACAUAUUUGAAUAAAAUAACGAAUAUUUC